AUGGUGUCACUAAACGAUCCCGCUGUGCAAUCGUACAUAUUCUACUCCGGAGUUCUGGCCUUGAAAGUGUUAGUAAUGGCGGUCCUCACGGGGAGAGUGAGAUACAGUAAAAAAGUGUUUGCCAACCCAGAAGACGCCAAAUCAGCCAAAGGCAAAGUGAAGUUGGACGAUCCCGACGUAGAGAGAGUGAGACGGGCGCAUUUAAACGACCUCGAGAACAUUCCGGCGUUUUGGAUUCUGGGAGCGUUAUACCUGACAACAGCGCCGGUCGCCGCGUGGGCUACUCUACUCUUCAGAGUCUACACUGCUUGCCGCAUUGUCCACACAAUUGUGUAUGCGGUGAAACCCUUGCCGCAACCCGCGAGGGCAAUCGCCUAUUUUAUUCCAUAUGCUAUCAAAUGGUACAUAGGCUUUAAGGUGAUCUCACACUUCGCCACUGCACUG